AGUAAUAAUUUCAUUUUUAUUGAAAUCGAAAAAGAAAAGAAAAGAAGAGAAGGAUAUAAUUGUCUGCGGCAUGCCACAAUUCCACAACAACUCAACAAGUGCUUCAAAUUGAAGAUUUUCCCAACAGUCUGAAAUUGGUAAAGCCGAAAGAAAGAAAGAAAGAUAAGGAAUGUUUGAGGAUCUGCCAAACGAAGUUUUGUACGAGAUCCUGCAUAAACUACCCUUGAAAUCCCUAAUUCAAUUAAGGUGCGUUUCCAAAUCAUUCAACUCUCUAAUUACAAGUCCUGCCUUCAUCAAUUUCAGUUUCACUCGAUCCCACCCCGAUUCCAACAAAUUAAUUGUUAGGUAUUUGGAUGUCGAAUACCAUGUAGAGCGCUACAAAUUAAUUGUCGAAGACAAUGACAAUAAUGAUUCCUCCUCAUCUGAACAAAUUCAAGAUUUUGAGUUUCCACUAAGGAGUAGUUGGGCCUAUUUUCAAUUAGUCGGUUCUGCGAAUGGAUUGUUUUGCCUUCAUCAAGGAAACCGCUUUAUUCUUUGGAAUCCUUGUAUUAGAAAAUUUAUUACCCUUCCCACCCCUUGCCUCUUUCCUUGUUUUCUAGGGUUUGGGUUUGAUUCGAGGAACAAUGAUUAUAAGUUGGUGAGAAUUGCCAAAAGUGCCAAACUUUCUCUGGUUGAGGUUUGCUCUGUUAGCGAGAGAGCUUGGAGAGUAGCUAGUGGUGGUGACUUAUGUCCGGCUAGGAUUACUUGUAGUGUUUUGCACCCACAACCAGCUUCUUUAAAUGGAGCUCUUCAUUUUGUGGCGAAUGAUUGGGGCGGUGCCCAGAGUUUAGUAGUUUUGUCAUUUGAUUUGGGUGAUGAGGUUUUCCGUGUGAUAUCCUUGGCAAAUGGUAACUUUGGAUCGGGUGCUGAUAUUGGUAUCUCAGUAUUCAAUGGGUCGCUUUCUCUACUAUCUUAUAAGUAUGAGUGUCAGCAUAGGAGGAGAGUCCAGUGUUGUUCGGUUUGGGUUAUGAAUAAGUAUGAUGAUGUGGAUUCUUGGACUAAACAGUUCACUAUUGAAUUCAAUAUGCUACAUUGGAAAGUGUUAGGUUUCUUGAAGAAUGAUAAUGUAUUAGUGCAGAAAGUAGAAUCACGUGGUUCGAAGCUCUUGUCAUAUGACCCUGAGAGUGAACAAGUGAAGAACUUGGGGUUUUAUAGAAGCACAUAUUAUUCUUAUGCUGAUAAUUAUGUGAGGAAUCUUAACUUCUUGACAAACCAAAUGAUGUAGUUUCCAAGAGGAAAGUGAGCAAGAAGAGGAAGUGCAGGCAUUGUAGCAAAAUUUUAUCAAUUUAGAAGGGAAAAGAAAAAAGACCCAGUGUACACAGGUAGUAUACAAGAGAGAGUCUUAGAGUCUAACAAAAAUAACACAAGUCCACAAGCUCCUGGAAAGAGGAAAAAUACAGCCUGUUCCAAUCAUACAACAAUCACAGCAAAAACAGUUUCAACCACAAUGAUGUACGUUCUGUCACCUCAAAAGUAUGCCUAUUUCUUGCCAAAUAGUCCACAUUAAACAUGGAGGGAUAUCCCCCCAAAUAAUAUUGGACUGAUGAUGGCCAAAAUCCCCAUUGUAGUUGAAGAAGAUGCUCUAAAGAGUGUUCAAAAUUGUUAAAUACGAUUUUGUGGUUUUGGCUGAUGAUGGGAUGAGUCAUUCGCAAGCACGAAAUGAUAACAACAAUACAUAAGACUGAAGGAUGAAUUCGCGUGAUGUGGCAGCAGUUUUUUCUUUUUGUCCAAAUUUGUUUUUUGGUCUAUGGAUCAUUGUCAAGCCUUCUUUGUUUGGAAAGGAUCAUUUAAAAUUUUAGACAAAAAUGUAAAGUGUCUUUCUAAGUCUAGAAUAGUUUGAAUUUUUUUUUAUUAACAAAGUUAUUUUAUUGAAAGACAAGAUUGCUUCUAGUUCA